AACAUAGCAUAAUUGAAGCCUAACUCUUUAGUCUUGAAGAGAGAGAGAGGCAAGGAACGAACGACGUAUUCUCUCUCCUCCACUCACCUCAAAUCCAAAUCCAAAUCCCAAUUCUCCAGUCUUUGCUAUGGCAUCAAUUUCGUCCUUAUCUCUCACUUCUGUUUCCCUCCCCAAAUCUCAAUCUCUGGACCCCAAGAAAAUCUCUGAUUCUUCUUCCUCCUCUGCAGGCAGCAGGAGUCAAAGUUGUUGUUGCGCGCCAUCGUUCCAACGAAGAAAGAUGCUUCUAUCUUCCGCCGCCAUCGUUGCCGGAACCUUGUGCAGCAAUUCAGUCAGCGGAGUCAGUUUGGCAGCUGAAUUCGCCGAUAUGCCAGCGCUUAGAGGGAAGGAUUAUGGCAAGACAAAAAUGCGAUACCCAGACUACACUGAAACUGAAUCAGGACUCCAAUAUAAGGACUUGCGACCUGGGAAUGGCCCCAAACCCAAGAUGGGUGAGACAGUAGUGGUAGACUGGGAUGGCUACACCAUAGGUUAUUAUGGCCGCAUAUUUGAAGCACGGAAUAAAACCAAGGGUGGUUCCUUUGAGGGCGAUGACAAGGACUUUUUCAAAUUCAAAAUAGGUUAUAAUGAGGUAAUACCAGCUUUUGAAGAGGCUGUUUCGGGCAUGGCUCUUGGGGGCAUUAGAAGGAUAAUUGUUCCCCCGGAACUUGGAUAUCCUGAGAAUGAUUUCAAUAAGAGUGGCCCAAGACCAACAACAUUCUCGGGCCAACGAGCCUUGGAUUUUGUGUUGAGGAAUCAGGGGUUGAUAGACAAGACUCUCUUGUUUGAUAUUGAGCUGUUGAAGAUUAUUCCAAACUGAUUGAUCAAAUUUUGAAUUGACUGUCAAAUAUCACCGUCAGAAUGUUGAGGUCUACUUAUUUACAGAGGAUGAGAGGAUACAUGCAAACAACUGUCCUGUAGAAAUUUUGUUAAUAUUGAUAUUAGAUGCUUGUGUCAAAUGACCUCGGGAAUAGAUGCUAUGAGAUUUUAAGUAUUUUGUGGUCUUCGUUGUUGGUUUCUUCAGUAAUAGUAACAUAUGAAGCAUUCAAAGCAAUUCUCCCUGAACUAUUGCAAACUUGAAUAUACUGUAUGACACUGUAAGUACAUGGGAUGGAGCAUCAUAUGAUCAAUUAGAAAUUAGUAAUAGUUAGCAGAAAAAGACUGUGACUGCAACGUAAUAACUUUUCUAAUAGCUAUUGUUGUAGAUAAAGUGUUAGUGUUACCAUCACAACUUGUGUUCAGCCUUAGACAUUUUCCCUUGUAUACUUCUUCGCUUUCAAGCAGCAAUAAUCAUUGUAAUAUGAGAAACAAACAUAAAUCAGUGAAACUGGGUGAUUUUCCCAUUACACUUGAAUAUCAAGAUAAAACAAUAGUGCUAAA